GACGUUGUAGGUCGGAUCUGGGGCCAAAAUUUAUAACAAAAGUCGAGAACGACAACAAAAUCGAGUGGGUCUCCAGCGAGAAUGCUCACAAGUGAAGUGGGGUCAGAGCGAGGCGUGAACCAAGAGUGAGUAGUGACCUAUGCCACCAGACCGAUGGUGGCUUUGCAGAACAAAUCCGCGUUGAGCACGAGUGUCAACAUGAAGGAUAAUUCGCACAUAUCAGCGCAACAUGGGACACUGGCCAUGGAGAAGGGCUCCCAAACCAAAUCCGGGACCAUUUCAGACCCAGAUUUUCUCUCCAGGCCUGCCUGGUACAACGCUAGAACCGCACUCAAUGUUAUCCGAAAGGGCAAAGCCACUGGGAACAAACCUGCUCUUUGGUUGAGAGCCAAGAUGCAAGAGGAACUCUUUUCACUUGGACAUUUUAUUCAAAUUCAUGCUGGGAAAGUUCUGUUUGUGGGAUUCCUCGUGUUGGUCGUGUUUUGUGUGGGACUCAAGAGUGCCCGAAUCGAGAGCAAGAUCGAGAAUCUCUGGGUGGAAGAGGGAGGUCGUCUACAAAAAGAAUUGCAAUAUGUGGAAGCUCAUUUGGGCCUAGGAGCGGGGGCCACCAGUGAGAUGAUCAUUCAGACACCAAUUGAGGACAGUGGGACAGCCUCCAUCCUAACCUCGGAGGCCAUGCUGUCCCAUCUAGAUGUGUUGCAAGCUGCCACCAAGGUCGUCGUCGACCAUGAGGAUGUGUCGUGGAAAUUGCGCGAUUUGUGCUACGCCCAGUCCAUCCCCUUGUCAGAGGUUCAAAUGAUCGAUCAGAUCAUGGAAAACCUUUUCCCCUGCUCAAUCAUCACCCCUUUGGAUUGCUUUUGGGAAGGAUCCAAGCUCUUAGACUCGGAUCAUCCUGUCCAUAUUCCUUUGGGCAAUGAGGGAAGCAUGCCUCUAUCGUGGAAGACCCUUAAUCCGACCAAUUUACUCCAAGACAUGAAACGGUUCUCCAAUGUGUUUGACUUCAAGUCGUUUGAGGAAUACAUGAAGAGGGCUGGAAUCACGACGGGCUACCAGAAUAAACCCUGUCUCAACCCUUUUGAUCCGGAUUGCCCGGAGACUUCGCCCAACAAGAACUCGAUUCAAAUCCCAAACAUUGGAGCCGAAUUGACAGGUGGAUGCUAUGGUUUUGCAUCGAGAUACAACCAUUGGCCUGAACAGUUGGUGGUGGGUGGAACAUCCAAGAACAAGACCGGUCACAUCACCAGGGCCAAAGGUCUCCAAUCAGUGGUUCAACUAAUGGGUGAAAAGGACCUCUUCGAUUUCUACAGUGACACGUACAAGGUCCACAGUCUGGAUUGGUCACGAGAGAAGGCGGCCGAGAUCUUGGCGGAUUGGCAAGGCAAGUUCAGCCGAGAAGUCACCAGACUUACCAUGGAAAAGAGUCUCAGCAAGAAAUAUGACAUCAACGCCUACUCCAACUACCAGCUGGACGAAAUCAUGGAAGAGUUCUCAGAGUUCAGCUUGGUCAACUUGGCCAUCGGCCUCGGCCUCAUGGCCCUGUACGCCUCCUUGACCAUGAUGAAAUGGUCGGAUGAGGUGUUCUCUCAAUCCGGGAUUGGAUUUUGUGGCGUCAUCUUGGUGGCUCUCAGUGUGGCCAGCGGUUUGGGCCUUUGCGGGAUCCUAGAUAUUACCUUCAACGCCACCACUUCGCAAAUUGUGCCCUUUCUAGCCUUGGGCUUGGGGGUCGAUGCCAUGUUCCUGUUGGCUCACACUUACGGCGAGACCGUUUCCAAGCGAAGAAACCCAGCCAAAGAGAAUAUCAUAGGCGACGUCUUACGGAAAUCCGGCAUCUCAGUCCUCCUGAUGGCUGUUUGCAACAUUGCCGCAUUCUUAGCCGCUGCCGUCAUUCCCAUCCCAGCUCUGCGGGCAUUCUCGCUGCAGGCGGCCAUAUUGGUGGCCUUUAAUUCCGUGGCCAUGACGAUCCUGUUCCCGGCUGUUUUAGCCUUGGAUUUGCGACGGAUCCAAGCGGAUCGAGUUGACGUUCUUUGUUGCUACUCUGGAAGAAAAUUUCGGGAAAAACGAUGCCUGAAAGAGCAGAAGAAGGCGGCCAAAUCAGCCGCCAAUAAUUCAUCGUCGCUCUUUGACGAACAGUAUCCCGGAGAUGAGAAAUGCUACGUCAACUCCAACGAAGUCGCUUCCGAACCGUUCCAGGUCACAUUGACCGGCUUUGCGAGUCUGCAAUUUGGGCCUUGGUUGACCAAAGCACCUUUCAAGGUUCUCAUCACAGCCAUCUGCUUGGCACUGACCGUGUUGGGCGUUUAUGGCAUGACCGUGAUGGAGGAUGGCUUAACUUUAUCGGAUGUGGUUCCUCAAAACACCUCUGUCUAUCACUUCCUGAACGCUCAGGACAAAUAUUUUGGCUUCUACAACAUGUACGCGGUGAGCCAGGGUAAUUUCGAAUAUCCUCAGAACCAGAAGCUCCUUUACGACUACCACAAUGCCUUCGUUCGGAUCCCAAAUAUCAUCAAGGACGACAAUGGAGGAUUACCCGAGUUCUGGUUGUCCCUUUUUCGCAAUUGGUUGGCCAACCUCCAGACUGCCUUCGACGACGAUUUUGUUGACGGAAAGAUCGACACCAAAGGAUGGCACAAGAACGCCUCCGAAUCUGGAAUCUUGGCCUUUAAACUAAUGGUUCAGACUGGCCACGUGGACUACCCAGUGGACCAAACACUUGUGACUCGAAACCGACUGGUUGAUUCCCAUGGGAUCAUCAACCCCAGUGCCUUCUACAACUACCUCUCAGCCUGGUUUACGAAUGAUGCCAUGGCCUACAGCUUCGCCCAAGGGAACAUUGUGCCUACCCCCAAGUUGUGGCUCCAUGAUUCCAGGGAUUUCGACCUCAAGAUUCCCAAAUCCCAACCCAUUGCCUAUGCCCAAAUACCAUUUUACAUGUAUGAUUUGGGUCAAACGGACGUCAUGGUUGACACCAUCCGAAUGGUACGAGAAGUGUGCCAGAGCUUCGAAGAACGAGGAUUGCCCAAUUUCCCGCGGGGAAUUCCGUUCACUUUCUGGGAGCAAUACCUCCAUCUUCGACUUUGGACAGUGAUUGCGCUGGGCGCAAUUUUGGGCGCCAUGUUCUUGGUCACGGCCUUUUUCCUCAUGAACACGUGGUUGGCAGCCAUUUUGACCGUUGUGGUGGGUUUGAUGGUGGUUCAGCUCCUGGGCUUCAUGGGCGUGAUUGGAAUCAAACUGAGCGCCAUACCCGCUGUCAUCCUAAUUAUCGCUGCCGGAAUGGGCCUUCAAUUCACUCUUCACCUCGGCAUUGGAUUCAUCACUUCCAUUGGGAACAAGAACAGACGGAUCUUGAUGGCUGUGGAGCACGUCUUUGCUCCUGUCCUACAUGGAGCGGUUUCCACUUUCCUGGGAAUCACCAUGCUGGCCUUUUCUCAUUUCGACUUCAUAUUCCGAUACUUUUUCUUGGUGCUCACGGCUAUGAUCGUCCUGGGUGUGUUCAAUGGGCUCAUUUUCUUACCCGUCUUCCUGGCCUUUCUUGGCCCUCCUGGAGACGUGAUCCCCAACGAGAGCUCAGAAGCCAUCGCUCCACCCACUCCAGAUGUUAGUCAUAACAACAAGAAGAACGGCCAAAGACCAAGAAUACAUAUCAAGAACAACCCUCAACGACCGAUGCCCCAGCCAUUGUCCAAGCGACACAACUCAGAUUUAUCCUUGAGCACGAUUGACGAGGAAUCGCAGUCUUAUCACACGUCCUCGCAGUCGGAUCAAGGUGGAAAUCCAAUCAAUAUUGGAGGCGGGACCAGCGUGUUCUUGGAACCUGAGGUCGUCGUUGAGACCACGACCAUUCCCAAUCCACAGAGCUCCACGAGUAGUCGUUGUUCGACUCCCAAUCAAGUGACCAAGGUCACGGCCACGGCCAAGUUCAAGGUCGAGGUCCAUGCACCCACCAAUGCUAGUACAAAUGAGCGUCCCCAGAGUUCAGCAUCCUCCAGGCGGUCUCGACGAUCGCCCAAGAUGAACAACGAUCAAAACACGCCUUCGUCCGUCCAUAGCAGCCUUACAGACUCGCUGAGGUCCAGUUUAAGCAAUAGCGUGGCCUCAAGUCUGAGCUCGGAAGCGGGUGACCCCGGAUUUUCGGAGAAGUAAAGGCUUUCUGCCUUCAACCAAGAGUAUUCCAAGUGAAACCCAACGUCCGUUGGCUGUGAUAAUAUCAGUGGGUAUUGUGCCCAUUUUUUCAACGUAUCAAAAUUAGUUUUCCCGUUGUUGACUGUGAUAGAAUGUCUCUUGUUCGAGCUUCCAUUAUAUUAUUAGCCAUGCAUUACGUCCAUGAUGUAAGGUCAUUCUUGCUUGAAAUAAACCAUUUGCAACAC